AUGGCCUACAUAACGGCAGACAAUGGCUCUCUUCAGCCUGCCUUCCUCGCCAUAAUGAUCGUGCUGUUAUUAUUAUCAUGUACCAGUGUCAUAUUGAGACUCUACUGUCGCAUAGCGCUAGUCCACAAGGUUGGACCGGACGACCAUUUCAUUGUGACUGGAUUGUUUGUCACCAUUGCGAUGGGUGUGAUGAAUGGGUUUCAUAUCAGCUUUGGCACAGGUCGUCACAUGGCUGACCUCGACAUACCAACGAUCCUCCUUCCAACCCUUAAACACUGGUACGCCUACCAGCUCGUCUACCCACUCGCAAUCGGCCUGGUCAAAUUCAGCAUCUUGGCACAAUACUACCGCAUCUUUCCCGCAAGGGGAUUCCGAAUCGCAACGGCUGCAGUUGCACUGUUCGUCUUCAUUUACACAGUCGUCGUCAUCUUCGUCAACGCCUUCGAAUGCCGCACCAAACCCUGGCGCGCAUGGGACCCAACCUUCCCAAAAGGCUGCAACAACCUCCCGGCGGCAUACUUCUCAAUGGCAGGAGCCAACAUCCUAACCGACUUGAUAAUCCUUUUCAUGCCUCUACGAUUACUCACAAAACUGAAUCUCCACCGCCCGAAAAAGUAUGCCCUUAUCGCAAUCUUCCUAACAGGAACGUUCGCCUCAGCAGCCUCCUUCGUUCGACUCAGCGCCAUAUACAAAUACCUAAUCACAAAGGAUGUCUCCUACGAUGCUAUCCACAUCCUCAUCUGGUCACAGGUUGAAGUCAAUGUUGCCAUUAUAUCCGCCUCGGCGCCGUCGCUUCGACCUAUGCUUAGUUCUGUCUUUAAGGGGUCUUCUUAUGAUCGGUCUGGGAAGCAUCAAGAUGGGGAGCAUGAGCUUUCCGGGACUGUUGGGUCUAGUCGGAGGAGGACGUUGCCGCCGCAUGAUUGUGCGAAUGUCGAGUUUGUUUUGAGGGAUUUGGAGGAUUGUUGUGAUGGCGAUGGGAAUGAGAAUGUCAACGGAGAUGGGGAUGGGGAUGGGCAGACGGUGUCGGUUGAUAUUUCGAAUUCGGUGACUGUUCCUGUGCCUGCGCAUGUCGAUGGGCUUGGUCAGGGGGAUAUAUCCGAGGUGAGGCAGCUUGGGAAUAUUACCAAGACGGUUGUUAUUGAGAUGAAGAGUGAGGAGAGGUAA